AUGACGGGUAACAUAUCCAUCUCUCCAUUUCUAUUCCAGCGUUGCUUCCAGCAAGCAUGGUCUGGAUCGCGACGUGCUCGUGUCAAGUACGGCAUCACCAAAUAUACCCAGGAAAACGACGAUAAUGACCUCCUGGGACUUCCACGGAGUUUUGGAAUCGCUGUCAGUGGCGGCGCCGACUCCAUGGCUCUGGCAUACUUAUGCAAGCAAUUGGAACGCUCUUCAGACAUUGCUGGUGCCAUAUCUGUCACUGCACUGGUUGUAGAUCACCGUGCACGUCCGGAAAGCACUCUUGAGGCCCAAAAGGUUGCUAGCUGGCUUCGUGACAUGGAUAUCAAAACCCAGAUCCUUACAUUGGACUGGACUGGAAUAAAUCCAAAGAAAAACCAUUCAUCAAAGCCAGGAGCGUCGAGCACUCUGCCAACAGCUUUUGAGACACAUGCUCGUCGACUCCGCUUCCAAGCCCUCGGCGUAGCCUGUCAUACAUUGAAACUUGAAACAUUGCUCCUGGGCCACCACCAAGAUGACAACGUCGAAACAACCAUCUGGCGACUUUCCGCUGGCGCAAGUGGCCUAGGGCUUGGUGGUAUUCCCGAAGUCGCGCGGAUUCCCGAGUGCCAUGGUAUCUUCGGCGUCUCCGAGAGCUGGUCAACAACCUCAAUCCGCACAAACCCAGCGACAAUCCCUCAAACCAGGGUGCGAUUCAACGAUCGGAACCACGGGUUCCUCACAUUCUCCAACACAACCCCCAAAGAAUCCAAUUCACCCACCUCCAACCUCUCCUCCGAUAUCAAAAUCGCAAGCCCAGGCAUCUUCAUCUGCCGCCCCCUCCUCUCCUUCACAAAAGCAAGUCUCAUCGAAACCUGCGAGAAAAACCAAAUCCCCUACGUCUCCGACCCAACAAACUUCGACCCAACCCUCACACCCCGCAACGCAAUCCGCAGCCUCCGAUCCUCAAAUUCCCUCCCCAAAGCCCUAGACUCCCCCUCCAUACUCUCCCUAAUCCGCUCCAGCCAAACCCUAUACAAAAGAACAAUCGACCUCUCCAACACCCUCCUAUCCACCCAAUGUCGCCUGCUAAACUUCAACCCAAAAUCAGGCUCAGCAACCAUCCAAUUCCUCCCCCAAACCCCCGCCUCACUAGACCCAUCCCUCGCAUCCCUCUCACCCCUCCAAUCCCGCCAACUCCAAUCCCUAGUCCUCCGCCGCAUCACAGAACUAGUCUCCCCAUUCCCAGACAACCACGUCUCCCUCCGCAGCUACGAAACCCUAGUUCCAAACAUCUUCCCAGAUCCAGACUCUACAGCCCCAACCAGCGACACUCCGCGCAAACUCGCAUUCACACAAGCAGGCGUUCUAUUCCAACAUCUCGCAAACGACACAGGAAAACAAGAACCUCGCACAGACGAAAACAUCUGGUUCCUAUCCCGCCAGCGCUUCAUGCGAGACCGCGAUCCUGUCACGCAUGUAGACGUCUCGCCGAAUGGCAGUUUCACUUCCUGGUUCCUGUGGGAUAAUAGGUACUGGCUGCGUUUGCGUCUUGUUCCUAGCGAGCCUGGUCGGGACGUCAGUGAACUCAGUCGGUUUUUACCUCUUCCCGUUACGAUUCGGCCGUUCCAUAAAUUGGAUAUGGAGCGGGUACGUAGGGAUACGGUUAAUUCGCGGCGGGGUGUGAAGACGAAAGGCGGGGAGCGGCUGGCUGGGAGUAUUGAGCAUGUUCAGGCUUUGUUUUCGGCGGAGGCGCCUUCGCAGUUGCGGUUUACGUUGCCUGUUAUUGUGAGGGAGGGGUUGAAUACGAGGCCUGGAAAGCCGUUGGAUUUGAAGGUUAGGGAGCUGUUGGCGUUGCCGACUUUGGAGUAUCGGUUAACUGGACAUGCGGCUGAGUAUGCUUCGCCUAGUGAGGUGGAGUUGCUACAUGUUGGUUGGAGGUUCAAGUUGAAGUGGCAGUGGAUGUACAAAAUGAUUGAUAUUGAGGCGCUGCGCCUUAUGGGCUGGCCAGUUGGUGGAAAUACCGACGCUUAG